CCUAGAAGUCUCAUCAAUUGCUCUCCAAAUUAUGUUUGUUCCUCGAGAGGACCAUCUAACUUUGCCAUCAUAACAUUCCCCAUUCCUCUCCUUAAAUUUUCACAUCCAGAUGCUUGAUCGUGGUUCUCCAGCCAUGGAGGGGCAAUUCCCUCUCCCGAAGUUCAGCCAUCGUGAAACUCUACCCCACUACAAUUUUCUUCCAACCUCCACCACAAAGCAGCAUUUGAGUGAGGAAACAUACAUCACUAUCUAAAGAAAGAGAUGUUGCAAAGCUUUAAGACAAAUGAUGGCGUUACGUUGAGGUAUGUGGAUACAGGUGCUGGGAGUGAGGUGGAGGAUGAGGGGAGAGACUGGUUGGUUUUGAUCCACGGCUUUACGGGCUCAGGCACAGUCUGGCAGCGGAAUGUUCCUGCUUUUUCGAAAGAGUACAGGGUUAUUGUCCCAGAUCUGAGAGGUCAUGGAGAUAGCGAUAAGCUACGACACGGAUUCCACGUCUGUAGACUGGCUAUGGAUUUAAAGGAGAUGAUUUCACAUCUAGAAGGCUCAGCAAGUUCAAACCGAGCUUGGAAGGCUAUUGGUGGGAGUUUGGGGUGUUCGAUAUUAUGGUGCUAUGCUUCACUGUUCACCACUUCUCCAUUCUCGCACAUGAUUUUCGUUGAUCAAUCACCCCUUCAGGAUUACUCCCGGUACGACGAUUGGGAUGAACGAUUCGGUAAUCGAGGGAUGAAUAACCCUGCUGCUCUCGCUGGAUUACAGGAGACAUUGGCAACAUCACCGGAGACUGCUCAUAAAGGGACAAUUGCUGCAUGUCUUUCGUAUCGAAGUCAUCCCUUGCCUACUGAUAAUGUCGCCUCCCAAAAAUCCUCGGAAGACGAAGCCUUCUUCUUGACCGAAGCCAUGAAAGGCAACCCUGAAUUCUACGGCCGUUUAAUGGCGGAUCAUACUUCUCUCGACUGGCGAGAAUCCAUCAAAGCUACUUUCGGUCCUGAAAGCGGCAGUGAGACGAAAGUACUAGUUGUGGCAAGUAGCAGGAGUGGAUGUUUUCCAGCUGAGGGUCCGAUGAAAGUUGUUGAAUUCGUCAAUGGAGGGGUGGAAAAGGAGGGAUUUGCGAGGGGAGAGGUGGUGGAGUGGGGUGGGCAUUGGUGUUAUUGGGAGGAUCAUGAGAAGUUUGAUGGGUUGUGUUUAAGGUUUCUGGGGGAAGGUGUGGGAGAGCGCGUGAAUCUCUGAGCAGGUGAUAGAAUGCUUAGCAUGCCAUAGAUGCUUUCGAUUGUAAAUUGAGCUCUCAUUUACCAUGAACGUCAGGGGAUGGACCUUCGGCCCAUGGAAUGGAAAUAGAGGGCAAAUGGCUCUCAAUUAAAUUG